AUGUAUGUGACAAGGCCACUUUCUAUGUAUCUAAGAGAUCCAUCAGCUCUUUCAUUACCACCUCCUGACGGUCCAAAUUCUGGUGUACUUGUCAUCCAAGAUGAAGAAGCUGUACCUACCUGUUGUUUUGGAUUGUUCAAGAGUGAUCGAGUAAAUUGGGGCCUGCCUUUUCCUCAAAACAAGAACUUGAUGGUUCGUUAUACACAGCAAGCUGGGGAGCAUCAACACGUUCACAGGAACAGCGUCCUUUUCUUUCCUGUUCUUAAUCAACCACUAUCCUCCAAUCAAUACUACGUGAUUGAAAGGAAAGGGAAGCAUAAAGGGGAAGCUUACAUAAACUCCAAGGAAGAGGACAUGGAAACAUGCUGCUUCUGCACCUGUAUUUCCGAUUUAAAACCGCAACCUUUAGAUCCUAGGAACAUAUAUCAGCAGUUUGAGAUUCGACACCGAAACUGGGGAGGUUUUGCUGCCAAAUCCGUAGCUUCAGAUGGGUUCCCUCCAAAUUUCCUGAGGAGAAAAGGCUGGCGAGUAUUUACCUCAACUUCAAAGGAGUUCCAGCUAAAUGAAGCACCAGGCCUUAACACAGCUCUCCGUGUUAGCCUUCCAGACUUCAACUUCCCACCAUCACAAAAAUGUUCUACACCUGUAGUAAUAGGGAAGUGGUAUUGUCCGUUCAUGUUCAUCAAGGAAGGGACAGUACUUAAAGAUCAGAUGAAACAUUCAACCUAUUAUGAGAUAACUCUUGAGCAACAAUGGGAGCAAAUUUUUGCUUGUGAAAAUACGUAUAAUGAAGGAAAUACUGUGGGUGUAGAUGUUGUUGUCGAACUCCAAGUGGUUACAAUUGAUGGGACAGAAGCUGUGCAUGACCAGAGGAAUGUUGUUGACGGGGUAAUGUGGUUUAGGAGUAUCAGCAAUGUGAUAGGAGAAACCAAUGUGGGAUUGAGAUUAGAAAUUGUGGAGAGAAUGAAGUGGAAGCAGGAAAGAGCAGGGUGGGCUAGUGGGGGUGAAAGGCAAGUGAAGGUGAAGAGAACUGAGGAUUUUGAUGGCAAGGGAACGUGGAAGAAAUUUCGAUGCUAUGUGUUGGUUGAGAGGUUUGCACUGAAGAGGAUGGAUGGAAGUUUGGUGCUGAAAUUUGAUUUCAGGCAUACUCAUCACAUUAGGAGCAAAUGGGAAUUAUAA